AUGGACGACCACCGUAUGCCUCGCCAGCUGCUCUAUGGUGAACUGGAGACCGAAAAGAGACCUCAACGUCAACCACGCAAGCGCUACAAAAAUGCUGUGAAGGAAACCCUACGCUACUGUGACAUCCAGCCACAGGAACUAGACGCUUGGCUGCUUACAGAAUCCGCUGGCAUCAAGCAGUCAAAGAAAUUUGUACCACCUUUAAAGAAGAAUAUGGAAAGUGAUUGUCAGUCGCAAAUGGUUUUUGAUUCCCAAUAUAUGCAUACCCCAAUCAAACGAAAAACAUUUGAAAUAGGGUUAAAUAAUUCCCUGAAAGAUCAAUCUCAGUUUAGAUUCAGAAAUGACAAUUCUAUUCCUUCAACGAUCCUGUUAAAUGACAACAGUAAAGGUCACAGCAGACAUCAGAAUGAAGAGACAUUUGAUAAUUUGAAUUGUCUUAGUACUUCACAUCAUAACCCCGUGGAGAAAGAUGAAAGUGAUAAGUCUUUGUUCAGGAAAAGAUUAUUUAGAAUGCCAACACCAACCAAAGCAGCAACUGAUGACUGUCCAGCUUUUCUUGAGAAGUCCCUGUUACAUGAUGAAGAACAUGAACUUAUAAGCUUUACUGAAAAGCACAGUGAAUGUAGUGUAACAGAUGACAUCAGACAAAAACAGCAGAAUGGCACUCAGUAUGUGAUAAAAGCACACAUACUUCCUAUGAUGCCACAUUCAUUUAAUGUAAAAGAUGUAACAGGCAAGAGUUCAGGAACUUUGAGAGCAGUCACUGAAAUUCCGGUACAAUUUAGAAGCAUUUUCAAAGAAUUUCCUUACUUCAACUAUAUACAGUCCAGAGUGCUAGAUGAUCUCCUUUAUGGUGAAAAGAAUUUUGUGAUUUGUUCCCCAACUGGUUCUGGAAAGACUGUGAUUUUUGAACUAGCAAUCGUCAGAAUACUGAUGGAAGUUCCAAAACAGUGGUCCAGUAUAAAAAUUGUAUACAUGGCUCCAAUCAAAGCUUUGUGCAACCAGCGAUAUGAAGAUUGGAAAGAAAAGUUUGGAUCUAUUGGAUUAACGUGCAAAGAGCUUACUGGAGAUACAGAAAUGGAUGAUUAUUUUGAGAUCCAAGAUGCACAUAUUAUCUUAACUACUCCUGAAAAAUGGGACACUAUGACAAGAAAAUGGAGAGACAAUUCAUUAGUACAGCUGGUACGGCUUUUCCUAAUUGAUGAGGCACAUGUUGUGAAAGAUGAAAGUCGUGGUGCAACCCUUGAAGUUGUUGUCAGCAGAAUGAAAACAAUUCAGUCAAUUGUCUUGCGUUCUUCUGGUCAACCUGCAGAUAAAGUACUGAGAUUUAUUGCAGUUUCAGCAACUAUUCCAAAUGUUGAAGAUAUUGCAGAAUGGUUAUCUGAUGGAAAGGGACCUGGAAUUUCCAUGAAGAUAGAUGAAAGCCAUCGACCUGUAAAGCUCCGCAAAGUUGUACUUGGAUUUCCUUGCUCGAAUAAUCAAACUGAAUUCAAAUUUGACCUGAGCCUGAAUUAUAAAGUAGCUAGCAUUAUACAGACAUACUCUGAACAAAAACCAACUCUGGUGUUCUGUGCUACAAGGAAAGGUGUACAGCAGUCUGCAUCCAUACUUGCAAAAGAUGCCAGAUUUAUUAUGACCAUGGAACAUAAGCAAAGACUGCAAAAAUAUACUAAUUCAAUCAAGGAUGCAAAGCUGAGAGAUCUGUUCACAUAUGGAGUUGGUUACCAUCAUGCUGGCAUGGAUCUAUCUGAUAGAAAAACUACUGAAGCUGCCUUCACUGCAGGAGAUUUACCAGUACUUUUUACUACCAGCACUUUAGCCAUGGGAGUGAACUUGCCAGCACAUUUAGUGGUCAUUAAAUCCACAAUGCAUUACGCAGGAGGGAUGUUUCAAGAAUACAGUGAAACUGAUAUACUUCAAAUGAUGGGCCGAGCUGGCCGACCUCAGUUUGAUACCACUGCCACAGUAGUCAUAAUGACUAGAAAUCAAACAAAGGACAAGUACACUCUGAUGUUAAAUGGAGCAUAUACCAUUGAAAGCAGUUUACACAAGCAUCUUGUUGAACAUUUAAAUGCAGAAAUAAUACUGAAUACCAUCACUGAUGUUAAUGUGGCUUUGGAGUGGAUACGAUCAACAUUUCUUUACAUAAGAGCUCUUAAAAAUCCAAAUCAUUAUGGUUUUGCUGCUGGUCUUGACAGAGCUGGAAUUGAAGCAAAGUUGCAAGAACUAUGCCUGAAGAAUUUGCAAGCAUUGUCUUCUAUUGGAUUGUUAAGAAUGGAUGAAGAAAUCAAUUUCAAACCUACAGAAACUGGAAAGUUAAUGGCCCGCUAUUCUAUUGCAUUUGAAACAAUGAAGAUCUUCUUCUUGGUCAGUGGAAAUGAAACUCUACCUGAACUGGUCACAGUAAUAUCCCGAUGCAAGGAAUUUGCAGAUAUUCAACUAAGAAUCAAUGAAAAGAAGAUUCUUAAUACGUUGAAUAAAGACAAAAAUAGAAUCACCAUCAGGUUUCCUAUAGAAGGAAAGAUUAAAACAAAUGAAAUGAAAGUUAAUUGUCUAAUACAAGCCCAUUUAGGAUGCAUUCCAAUUCAAGAAUUUGCAUUAACUCAAGAUAUAGCCAAAAUAUUUAAGUGUGGUAUAAGAGUCACUAAAUGCCUUUCUGAAUUGCUCAUGCAAGAAGAAAAGAAGAACUUUUCAGCAUUAUUGAAUUCACUAAUCUUAGCCAAAUGUUUUAGGGCUAAGCUUUGGGAGAACUCUUCCUAUGUAUCAAGACAACUUGAAAAAAUUGGUGCUACCUUGUCCUGUGCCAUGGUAAAUGCAGGCCUCUCUACAUUUCAGAAGAUAGAAGAUACAAAUGCAAGGGAGUUAGAAUUGAUUGUGAAUAGACACCCUCCUUUUGGGAACCAGAUACGAGAAUCUGUUAUUCACCUCCCAAAAUAUGAACUAAGUGUUGAACAGCUUGCAAAAUACCAUGAUUCAGUGGCAGAAAUUGUUGUGACAAUUACCUUAACAAAUUAUCAGCAACUACAGAAAAAAAGAACGGCAUCUGAUAAUCACUAUACCUCCCUCGUCAUAGGAGAUGCAGACAACCAAGUUAUUUACAAGCAGAAAAUCACGGAUUUAGCGCUGCUUAAAAAUGGAAGUUGGUCAAAAAAAAUUGAAGUUAAAAGACCUUUUAAAGGUGAAGAACUAAGUAUUAAUCUUAUCAGUUCUGACUAUGUUGGAUUGGAUAUUCAGCAAAAGUAUACAGUUUUUUAUUCAGGACCAAGGAAGUUUGGAACACAUUUUAUUCAUGGAAAUUCAGACAGACAAAACACUCAGUUAGCAAAACGAAAUGGCACAGAAAAUUCAUCAGCGGUUUCCUCUAACCAUGUGAUGAAAGAAGACAGCUAAUUAUGUUUAUUCAGUUGUGUUGGAGAGAGUGAGUCUGGAAAAAGACACUGUAAUCAUUACUGCAAGAAUAAAGAUAAAUGUGGUCAUGAAUGUUGUAAGUUUGGCGUAUCAGUCAUGCAGACUGAUAUUACAACAGAAGCAACAACAAAACUUUCUUCCUAUCUCAGUGACCUUAAAAGUAGAAGUGAGACUUCCUCAGCCCCGUCUGUUAAGCGACUGAAGGUAGAGAUGCUAAAUGAAUUGGGAUCAGUAAAUCUUCAACAGUUUGCAUAUGUGCCAAAGCGUCCAUUGUCAGCAAUACCAAGGUACUAUGAAACAAGGCUUACUCCAACAGCUCAAGCACAAAACUGGGAUCAACUAGACAUCUGUAGAAGCAGUUAUCAACAACUGCAAACACAUGGUGAUGAAGGAAAAUAUUCCUUGACUUCAUCAAAACCCAGUUCAGCUGUGAUUGUGCCACACCAAAAUAUGUUCAGGACUUUCAAUUACAACUCUUCUGAUGCAAACGACAGUGGGUACUGGUCAUCAGAAGGCAUAAAUGUGACUUUUGACCUAGGAGAUGAUUUAUGGGGUGACUUUGAUGAUGAGAAGCUGGUACAAGCUAGCAAUUUGGUCAGUUCAGAAGAAACCACUAUUAAUUGCCAGAAAGAUUCUUCCUUUAGUACAUAUGCAGAUUUUACAGAAUACAACCAACUGCAGAACCAAACAGUAAACAGUAAACAUAAUAGGCAUGGACACCUACAAACAAUGGAAAAACCUUGCUAUUUAUCAAUUAACUCAACAGUUCAAGAAACAUCUAAAAUCUGUGAAAUAAUAGACCAGACAACUCUUGACCAGGGUUUAGAGGAAGAUACAAGUUCUGCAUCUUCCAAGGCAAAUGCACUGAAGUACUCCAAAAAUAGUGGGCCCUUGGACUGCUUUCAUCAGAUUAAUACAACUACUGCAAGAGAAUCCAGAUAUGCUUCAGAAGAAGAAUAUGAUGCUCUACUUAGCAUUUUUGAUGGCAUAUUUUAG